GAGGGGGGGUUGGCUUUAAUGUGGGAUUUUAUGGUAUAUCAACUUGCCCUAUAAAAAUACUAUAACACUUAGUAUUUAGUGAUACUAUCCACUUAAAUGUCAAAUAGGAUUCAGUUAUUCAGGUAAUCUUAAUAAUUACAAAUAAUAUGCGAUCAAAGUUAUAUAUGCAAAUAGGUUUCCCAUUUAAUGUCAGGUGAGAUAAGAAAAAUCUUUCUGUCAUUAGACAGUUAAAUAACAUCAUCCAUUUUUCCAGGUUUUACUGAAGUUUAAUGAUGCCCUUUUAUACUCCAGUGUAAAAAGAAGACUCAGAGAUGAGAUGACAGUCUCAUUGGCAAGUUUACAAAGAAAUUUCAGAAAUUUUCAUAUUGGUUCCUGCUCUGCUUGGACUGAAAGGAAAUCUGGAAAUGACAUUAGCAUCACGACUUUCAACUGCUGCUAAUGUUGGAAGCAUGGAUUGUGCGAAAAGGCAGUGGAAAUUAAUAGGAGGAAAUAUAGCAUUAGUGCAGGUUCAAGCUACUGUAGUUGGAGCCUUGGCGGCAUUUGCAGCUGUGAUCAUGGGAUGGGUUCUUGAUGGAGAAUUCAACAUUUAUCAUGCUACACUCCUUUGCGCAAGCAGCUUGGUUACAGCGUCACUAGCAAGCUUCAUUCUCGGCUCUGUGACGGUCGCAGUUGUGCUUUGUUCGAGGAAGUGUAACAUUAAUCCUGACAAUGUAGCUACACCCAUUGCCGCCAGUCUUGGAGAUCUUACCACACUAGCACUUUUGUCUGCAGUCAGCAGAUUUUUGCACAGCUGUGUUCAAGAUUCUGAAGCCGGCACACAUCACUGGAUCACACCUGUCAUAAGUUUGUGUUUCUUUCUUGUUCUUCCUCUGUGGGUCUACAUCACGCACAACAAUACCUUCACUCAUGAUGUCUUGUAUACUGGCUGGACGCCAGUUCUCAGUGCCAUGGUCAUCAGCAGUACUGGAGGUCUAAUUCUUGAUUAUGCUGUGGCAAAAUACCAUGGAAUAGCAGUCUUCAGCCCAGUCAUGAAUGGUGUGGGUGGUAAUUUGGUCGCUGUCCAGGUCAGUCGCUUGUCCACUGGUCUACAUCAGCACGGUAAACCUGGAGAACGUCAGGAGUCAAGUAAAUUUCAUGGCUGCAUCGACACAUUUUUCGGCUCAGGUAUGAUCACAUGAUCUUCCAAAUGACAGCAAUGUACACUUCCAGAUCGAUGGACUAAUAACUAGAUGGCUAACAUUUAUGUUAUAUGUUUUGCUUGCUACUAUAAUUAUAAUUGAGAAGAUCUCUUGUUCAUUCAAUUUCUGUCUGUCGGCUUGCAAUUACCUGUGACUAGAACGUGUGUAACCAUUAACACUGAUGUGUAAACACUGGUAUGCUGGAGUGAACCUUGCCUUGUUCCCGUGCAGCUUUCUUCCAGGCCUUCAAGGUCAAUUAAUUUGUGAACCGUCACGCGGGUAGAACUUCAACGCUUAUAAAGCCAUUUGAAACCCAACAGCGUAUUACGUAUUA